AUGAUUAGAUUACAAUAUCCAACGACUCAAUCAAUCUGGUUCAGUAAAAUGUUCACGUCUACAACUUCUGCAGAUUACUCCUCUCGUGCCUCGGAAUCCACGGCCAAGCGUGCGCAUAUCUACUCAGCACUCAAGUCAGAUAAGAGGGAUCAUCUUUCAUUGGUUUCAUCCGUAUUGGACUAUUUGCCUCAUGUCCUUUCACUUGAAAGAGCAGCUCUUAAUGAUUCGAUUGUUGCUAUAUCCGACGAGUCCUUCGUAUGGACUGUGCCUUCACAGCUAUCGGCUAAAGGCAAAUCGAGUUCAUCAAGCAGCCUCACAUUCGAAACUAUACACGUAUUGCAUGUGUAUGCUUUAGCUCUGUUUAAUCACGCCCAAGGCUUGGCAGAAAACAUUGGAUCAUAUGACUCUAUACCGACAUUACCAGAAAGCAGCAGAAAAGAAGGUGAUAAUGUGCUUCAAACCGCUAUUGGGUUUCUCAACACUUCAGCUGGUGUGUUUAGAUACAUUUCAGACACCGCCAUCGAUAGGUACGAGGGUGCUCGUGACGCAGACACGCCAAUACUCAAUAGAGAGUAUAACAGCGGUCUUUCUAAGCUCAGCUUGGCUGUCUCACAAUCGCUAGCUAUUAGGAAACUGAUGUCACCUCUGCACGCUUACACGCUUCACAACCCCGGACCACCGAUACCAAAGACACACCCAUCUCCUCAAAUUCUGCUCAAACUGCACCUAGAUACGUCAUCUCUGUUUAAUGCCUCGAGAGUCAUGCUGAAAAGCUCUAUCAAAUCCACUCUGCGCGUUCAGCAUGUCGACUUACCCGCAGAUCUCAAAGCUUAUAUGAAGAGAAGAGAUAUAUUUCAUGCCGGAGUGGCAAAAAAAUGGCUCGGUAUCGACGCUGCAAAUAACGGUAAUACUGGUUUUGCUAUAGCGUGGCUUAAGACUGCUUCUGAGCAACUCACCGAGAGUGUUUCCUCAAGUCCGUCAGAGAGGCUUAAAAUAUUGAGCAGGAGCACUCGAAAGGCUCGCGAUGAACGCAAAAAUGAAUUAGACAUCGAGCUUGGUUCUAUAGAUACCUUUCUCAAAGCCUACAAACAGCUGAAUGACACUGUUCAUUUUCAAAUCAUACCCUCAUCACAAUCAUUGACAUCUCAAAUCCCUAGUGGAAGGUCUCUCGUGGCCCCAACGCCGUAUAGUCCUCCCCAGAUAGCGUGGAUGUUGAAAGAUACACCAGAACAUGAUGACACUUCUAUGGCAUCUACAACGCCAAACAAAAACAACUACGCUUUAAAAGGAAAAUAUUUCUAG